AAACGCUUUAAAGAUAAACAACGAAAGCUUUUAACAUUUGGAGAUCCGUUCGGCUGCUCCGCGACUGGGAGCAUACGGUCUCUUGUCUCUGACUAUCUGCGUCCGCCCCUUUUCGCAUCCUCCUUCUCGCUGCAACUGCCUCCGGAAGCACAAUGUUCAGUCCGUCGAAAACUGAUAACGUCUUCCUCUUUGUGCCAAACCUCAUCGGUUAUGCCAGGGUGUUGCUUAUGUUCGCCGCCUUGUGGUAUCUACCUUAUCACACAUAUACAGCAAUGGCACUGUAUUCAAUAAGCUGUCUGCUGGAUGCGGCAGACGGUCAAGCAGCGAGAUAUUUUGGACAAACAUCGCGCUUCGGUGCGGUUCUCGAUAUGGUCACCGACAGGAGUACAACUUCCUGCUUACUGAUCUACCUUGCCCUUGCGUUCCCGCGAUUCACGCUUUUUUUCCAAACGCUACUUGCGCUCGACCUUUCCGCCCAUUAUCUGCAAAUGUACUCUUCUCUCGUUCUUGGCGCCGGAUCGCACAAGAACGUGGAUCCCAAGAAGACUUCAUGGCUACUUCGCCAAUACUACACCAACAACAAAGUGCUCUUUGUGGUUUGUGCAGGAAACGAGCUCUUUUUCAUAGCGUUGUACCUGGUGGGAACGUGGCACGUAGAGAUUGCGAAAAAGGGGGGUUUGGCAAUGUUAGGUAUUGGGGCCGGGUAUCCGGCAGUGGCCGCGGCGGGUGCUGGCGUAGGCACUCCGAGUGGUGGAGCCUGGAUACCAAAUGUGGAAGGAGUUGACACAACAUCCUACGUUGCGUGUGUCGCACUCGCAAUUGCAAUGUUCCCAGUAUUUGCGCUGAAGCAGGUCACAAACGUGAUCCAAUUAGUUGGCGCAAGCAGAAACCUUGCAAGGUUGGAUAAAGUAACCAGAGCCCAAGCCGUUGGAAAAUCCCAAUGAUUCACUGGAUUGUAACUAGUUUGCUCUUUUUGCAUGUGGAUCUGGGUUUUUAAUAGAAGGGGAUGGGCGAUGACUUCCAAAACAAGCCUUUAGGGCAGGGCUAUAUCAAGAGGCGGUAGAGCCUUGGUUGCGUCCUAAGAUGUCUCCCACCUGUCUGAGCAUGAGCUUUACGUGCCAUGCAAUAUAUUGGCUUGCCUGUCGAUCCAUGCCAAUGUCAUAACCUGGGCAAUGGCCGGCGCCGGACUAGUACGAGAUCUCUUAUCGGUUUCUCCGAAGGUCUUCAAUGAAAGCCAUGCGCUCUAACUUCUAGAUAUUAA